UCUUUUUCUAUAUCAACAAACUCCAAAUUCAUAAACUCUUCUACCUAUAUAUAUGCUUAUUAAUCUUUGUGCUACCAUUUAUCUUAUCAUCUUCAAUUUGUUUUGUAUACAAAAACAUCACAUAUAUAUAAGAAAAUAAAUGGGGUUGUUUACACUAUGCAGUACUACCUUGGUUGGUUUUAUUAUGGUGGUUUUGUUACCAGCAUUUUGUACCUCUCAGUUUACUGACUCUAGAGCUACCUAUUAUGGUAGCCCUGACUGCUAUGGCACUCCAAGGGGAGCUUGUGGGUUUGGUGAAUAUGGAAGAACUGUUAAUGAUGGUUACGUCUCCGGAGUUUCUUAUAAGCUCUUUAUGAAUGGAUCCGGCUGUGGUGCAUGUUAUCAGGUUAGGUGCAAAAAUCCUCAGUAUUGUAACUCAGAUGGAGUAAACGUAGUGGUGACUGACCAUGGUGAAGGAGACAGAACUGAUUUCAUCAUGAGCCCAAGAGCCUACUCAAAAUUGGCAAUUGUUCCAAGUGCAGCAAAAGAGUUGUUUGCAUGUGGUGUGGUUGAAGUUGAAUACAGAAGAAUCUCUUGCCAAUACUCUGGUUACAAUGUUAUGUACAAAGUCCAUGAGCACAGCAACUACCCUCACUACUUGGCUUUGGUUGUUAUCUAUGUAGCUGGCCAAAACGAUGUUACAGCCCUCGAGAUAUGGCGGGAGGAUUGCAAGGAAUGGAUACCUAUGAGGAGAGCUUUUGGGGGAGUUUGGGACAUGGCAAAUCCACCAAGUGGGUCAGUGACAUUAAGGUUCCAAGCAACAGGCAGUGGUGGCUACACUUAUUGGGUUCAAUCAACUAAUGCCAUUCCUCAGGAUUGGAAAGCUGGGGCUGUUUAUGACUCAACCGUUCAGCUCAAUUAAAUGUUAUUAUAACUAAUUAAUUAUAUACUCUCAAUUCACUUCUAUAAAUAUAUAUGUUACUUUUAAAGUUGUGAUGUUGUUGUUUGCUUAGAAUGUAUUAUACUAUUAUUAUUAUUGUAUGCCUCUCGGUUGGCUAUGUAGGUGUUGUUUGUCUUAAUUAUUAGUGCUUUGUUAUUAAUAAAUAAUGGGAAUUUUAAUACUUUAAUUUGGAAUA